GAGGACUUUCCAUAGCCGUUCCUGGUGAAAUCCGAGGAUACCAAUUAGCACAUCAAAGACAUGGACGGUUACCAUGGAAACAGUUAUUUGAGCCAAGCAUCAAACUUGCCAAAGAAGGAUUCCCCAUUAGUUGGGCUCUUGCAGAUGCCAUAGAGGAACGUAAGGAAGACAUUGAGAAAGACCAGUCUUUGUGUGAAAUAUUUUGCAAUUCCAAUGGCAAAAUACUCCAGGAAAAUGAAAUUAUCAAAUUUCCAAGAUUAGCUGCAACUUAUCAGAUUCUGGCAGAUGAAGGAGCUGAUGCAUUUUACAACGGAUCUCUCUCCCAACAGAUAGUGACUGAUAUCAGGAAUGCAGGUGGAAUUAUAACUCUUGAGGACCUGAGAGAUUACAGAGCUCAAUUAUCUGAAGAUGUGGUAAACAUGUCAAUUGGUGAUUACACAUUGUUUGUGCCCAGUGCUCCUUCCAGUGGACUUGUGCUCACAUUAAUACUGAACAUCCUAAAGG